CAAUUAUGCCCUAAUUGUGAGCCUUAUAUUAAAAAAAAAUUAUGCCCUAAUUCUGAGCCUUAUAUAUUCUAUGUUUGUAGUCCAUCCGAAAACAUAAUCUGGGCAACAAUCUUUCUUGAACUUUUGCGGUCUUUUUAAAAUACAAAUAAAAAUCUGCAAGUCCAGUCACAAUACUACUUAGGGAAUGCAUAAAAACAGUCGGGGAUAUUAAUCUCUCAGGCAAUAUUAAGAGAGAUUACAAAAAAGAGAGGUUUUAGAGGGAAGGCGAAGCGCCAAAGCCGUGUAUAUCUACUACAUUCUAUUUCUCUGAAGUAUCUUCUUUUAGUUAUUUUCGUGGUUAGAAAUAUGUCUGACUCCAAAGACACCCCUGCAUUUAAUAUGGCCGAUCUUGGUGCUUCUCUGAAAGGUGAAAAGGGAAAUGAAGGCUUGGUGUGUAUUUUAAAGGAUAAGCUGCAGACUCUUGUCGGUACCUCGUCAGGGUAUAUUGAAUCACUACCUCACAUAGUAAAGAAGCGAGUGGAGGCAUUGCAAGAUCUGCAGGGUAAACAUAAGGAGAUAGAGACCAAAUUUUUUGAAGAAAAAGCGGCGUUGGAGGCCAAGUAUCGAAAGCUUUAUGAACCUUUCUACAAGAAGCGCUAUGACAUUGUGAAUGGAGUAGUAGAUGUUGAAGAUGAUAAAAAGGAGGAAGAUUCCAAGAAAGAAUCUACUGAUGCUGAAAAGGGAGUUCCUGAAUUUUGGCUAACUGCCAUGAAGAACAAUGAUGUUUUGGCAAUGCAAAUUACAGAACGUGAUGAAGGUGCAUUGAAGUUUUUGAAGGAUAUACAAUGUUCUCGCCUUGACAGUGACAAGGGUGAGAAGGGUUUCAAGUUGGAAUUCUUCUUCAAUGAGAACCCUUAUUUUAAGAAUAGUGUGUUAGCAAAGAUAUAUUACAUGGAGGAUGAAAAUGAACCCAUCCUGGAACGUGCAGUAGGAACUGAAAUUGAUUGGUUACCUGGUAAGAACCUAACUCGAAAGGUCAUGAAGAAGAAGCCUAAGAAGGGAGCGAAGAAUGCAAAACCAGUGACCAAAAUCGAGCAAUGCCCAAGUUUCUUCAAUUUCUUUGAUCCACCUAAGGUCCCUGAAGAUGAUGAUGUUGAUGAUGAUGCUGCUGAGGAGUUGCAAGAUGUGAUGGAGCAAGAUUAUGAGAUUGGAUCUACAAUUAAGGAUAAACUCAUCCCCCAUGCAGUUUCUUGGUUCACUGGGGAAGCAGGUGAUGGUGAUGAAUAUAUUUCUGAAGAAGAUGAAGAUGCUGAUGAAGAUGAUGAUGAGAGUGAGGAAGAGGAUGAAGAUCAUGAAGGGGAAGAAAAUGGCCAUAAAAGUGUUUAGACAAUUUGCUUGUUUGUGUUAUAUUCAGAAAGUUAUGCUUGUUCCUCAAAUAUGGCAAGAGAUUGAUCAUUUAUUUUUAUUUUGCUGGCAAUGCAGCAGAGUGGAUUCAAAAUCGCACCUAGUUUCUAGGUAUGCAUUUGUUUAAGGUGUGGCAGUUUCCAAGUCUGUGGGGUGGUAUUUGUUACGGGCUUUUGUUUUCAAAUGAGUCUGAUUAGGAAUAGGAUUAAUUUAGAGUCAUUUUUUUGGUGGUUGGAUUUAAAAGCAGCCACCUAAGUGCUAGCAAUAAUACAGACAUCAGUAACAGGCGAUUGAGUGCAAUUGCAUUUUUAUAGGUGCUGCUAUUGAACAGAGUAUAUUUCCUGGUAUGUUCAGAGAUAGUUCCUCCACAUUUUGGAACAGUGCUUUACAAGUUUGAGACCUAUGCCAUUAUCAAGAAUGGUUGAGGGCUUUUAUCAUGUGUAGUUUUGAAAUAUAGUUGUCAAUUUUGGAUACUACGAUCAGAUUGUUAGAUUGUC